AUGGACUUUUCAUGCAUUUGCAAUAGUGGUGUUGGGAAAAGAAGCAUAUCAAGGUCAGAAGGCACUCGGCAUUCCAGCCUCGGCUGCAGCUCUGCCAGCAGCUGGGAGACCUCGCCGUGGCUCUCGGAAGUGCAGUCCCAACUUCAGGACCAAGCAGGGAAGGACCUGGAGUACGAAGCCCCUUGGAGCCCCAGAAGGACUCUGAGCAACGGAGGGAACACGUCUGCUCCUGCUGAAUCCAUGGUCAGUGCUGUUUGGAUUAACAAGGAGAGGAGGCACUCACUGUCCCAGGACAAGGUGGACCCUGAGGCAGCGGGGAUGCUGGAGGAGGCGGACAGUGGCUAUCUGCAGGUCCCCAGGUCUCCAUGGCACACGCACCUACAGAUGUACUGCUCGGUCCAGACCCUCCACCAGGACGCCGGCCAGCAAGUCAAACACCAAGGCAUGUUCCCGGGCUCUGAGCAAAGGCUUCCUCAGGAGAGAGACUCGGGCUUGUUGAAAAGCAAGCAGGUGACUCAGCAAGAGACCACGACCCCAGAGGCAGCCCAGCAUGAACAUCAAGUGGACCAUCCCCAAACACAGACAGUGGGGUCCGGCUUCCACAACGGCCUUCAGGGUCCUUCCUCCAUCAAGAACCCACAACGGCCUGGAAAACCAGCGCACUAUCCAUUCCCCCAGAGGAAAGCGCCCAGGAUCUCCCAAGCUGCCCGGAACCUGGGCUUAUAUGGCCCCCCCUGAGGCUUUCUCCUCAGCCAGAUGUCCCAGCCUUGAGGCCAGCUCUGGUCUCAUCACAGAACCCGGAGGCAGAGCCACCAGGGGGACCCCUCGCUAUCAGCAGAACUGGGCUACCUCACUGGUAGGGAUUGUGGGAAAUGAACUUCACAGCGGGCACAUGGUCUUGUCCUUCAGAAAAGAAGAGCUUGCCCAGAGCAGAUGGCCCACCGUUCAGGAUGAAAGAGCGCUGUCUGACCCAUGCAGCCCGUUCCGCUCACACAGGAAGACAUUGCUACGUUGCUGGGGAGCCCUGGAGGCCCGUUCCUCAGGGAGGUCCAGUAGGACACCUGCUCAGUCCCUAGAACCAGGGAACCAGUUUGAAACAUAAAACAGGGACCCUGGCCAAUGGGAUGCCCUAGCAGUGCCCCGGAGUCAACGAACGUGGACAAUCUGGUUUCCAAUAUCUUCUGGUGAUUUCUCACAUGUUCUGGAGAAAUGGGCUCUGAGGAUUGGCUUUUUCUGGUUGCUCUGCCUGGAGGCCAGCUCACGUACAAGUCACUACGUUCACUGUAGUGACCACACCAUUUCAGCUUGAGCUUCCCAAAGUAUGGUCACCCUGGGUAAAGAACAAUGCCACCUGCCACUUUGUGUUUGAGGGGUGUUGGGAAGGGUUGGUCACCUCUCACCUCUCACCGAGACUGCACAUUCCAGUGUCAUCACAGAUUUACUUCCUCCUGUCCUUCCCUUCCUUCCUUCCUCCCUUCCUUUCUUCCUUCCUUCCGUCCUUCUUUCCUUU